AAUUCUCCCGUUAUAUUUUUCUUAACCAUUUCAUGAAGCCCAAUUCCAUGUAAACUUGUUUCUUCUUCCUUUCUUUUGCACCAGAUACACACACAGAAGAGAAAAGAGAGAGAAAGAAACCAAAACAAAACCCUAAAUAGUUUGAUUUGCAUCGUUUGCCUACAAUCAGCACUUCAAUUGUUCAAUAAGGGCGGUGCACGUUUGAUGCUUGGGUGUUUUGAUUGAAGUUUUAAUCGCCUUAUUUGCUGCCAUGGAUCCUAAAGCUUCAAUUAAAGAUAACGGUGACAAUAGACUCUACAUUGGCAAUCUUGAUCUCAGAAUUACAGAGUGAGACUCGCUAACCCUCCAACGUGGAUUCAUUGUUUUUUUGGAAAAUGGUAACGUUUCUUAUGAAGGCUUGAUUAAGGGAUAAAAGAUGGAUAUAUUAAUAUUAAGCAUUGAAAAGUAUAGGUUUUAUUGAGUUACCAAUGUAUUGAAUACUGCACUUUUUUUAAUGAACACUUUUGACUCUUCGAUUAUUUCAAGUGUGUUUGGAUUUCAACUGCAAGAGAUCAAAUGCUCAGACAUAACGUUUGAGUCAAUCAACCAAGAGUUAUAGGCUUGAUUUCCUAAGAAUUGAAAUCCAAACAUGUUUUAUCCAUUGCCUUUGUAAUAGGUUGUAGGAUCAAGUUUUUAAUCACAGCAACAAUUCAGCUGCGUCGCGAUCCUUGUUAUUGUAAGAAUUGCAAUAAAAUGCGGCUGGUUCCGCCUCAAUCGUGGUUGUGAAAACAUAGAAAAAUCUUGAUCGUAUGGCCCUGAUCGUUGUUAUAAACUUGGCAGGAACCUCCUCCCGUUUCCAUUUGUUUUUGUGCAUAUUGUUAUCUUUAUUUUACGUUUCCAUUAUUUUCCAGAGCUGCUCUACUCAAAAUGUUUUCUCCUUACGGAAAGAUUGUGUCGGAGGACUUCUUGUGGCACACUCGAGGUCCAAAACGUGGGGAACCACGCGGUUUCGCUUUUCUACAAUAUAGCACAAAAGAGUGAGAAUGCAGGAAGCAAUAUUGGCCAAGGAGAAAAUGCACGGACGGUUAGCUUGCGGCCGGCCAUUAGUGGUCCGCCUAGCAAGUGAGAGGUAUGCUAUGGAAGUAGCAGAUAGCUCUACAAAACCAGUAGGCGAAGGGCACAAGUUGCAUCUCACUGGUGGCGGCAUGGGACAAUCAAGCCGUGAUGCGAAAAUUGCUGCAAUAAAGAACAAGUUGAAGUCUUUAGAGGAAGAUAAUUCUAGGAACAAGAAACAAAAGCAGAGUGAUAAUAUAUCUUGAUUAAAAAAUUUUAUAUCACAAUCUGUAGAGUCAAAGGAAAACUGAAUAUGAUGCAGUUGUUUGUAACACUAUUACAAUAUCUUUCAUUUAAAUUUUUUGUUCCAAUUUAGAUAUGAAGCCAAAAUUGUAGUAAUUUGUGGUGGAAACUGGAAUCUUAAUUCUAAAUGGAAUGGAGUGUUGUUUUUCUUA